AUGACCGACGCCCAGCCUACAUCUCAAGGCGGGCGCCAACCGACGUCGCCGAAUGGACACCCGCUACCACGCCGAAGUUCGCCUGAGCACUCAAUCACACUGCGCAACCACCGAUUAGCACACGAAGCAACUGAGAAAGCCGCAUUAACACAAGCCUUGGCCGCUGCCAGCCCGGGAUCGUCCUCGUCGCCAAACCGACAGUCCUCCGGCGAGAGCCACAACACCGGUCCUAGCGAUCCCGAGAAAUGGUUCGAUCAAAACAAUGAGAAUCCCACGACAACGUACGCUGGCGCAAUGGACGUCGAUCCCCCGUUCUUCCAGAAAGAGAGCGACUCCUCCAACGACGAUACGAAACCCUCGGCUUACCCGACGCAUCUGAGACCACCGAUGGACGGAUUGAUGACUGGGGUCAACAAGCCGAGCGCCACUCACAGCAGUAGCGCCGACGACUAUCGAAGCGUAAUUGACGAUUUGACGGUUGAAAUCAAGAGGCUGAGGGAUGAGUUGAAGCGAUAUAAGCAAAAAGGACCGGAGUUGAUGAAAAGGGAUAAGCUGUUCGAGAUCAAGGUCCACGGGCUUCCCAAGCGGAAGAAGAGAGAAUUGGAGAGUACUUUGCGCGAGUUCGCAUCUGGUCUGGAAAGCAGCACCCCAAGCGCCGAAGCUUCGUCGUCUCGAAAGAAAUCGAGGCACAACGCUCAUUUGCACUCAGGUUCUGGUUAUGCGUCGAAGCAUGCAUCGUCUUCUUCAGGCUCUCACUCGAGGCCGGUUGACAGUGCCUAUGCCUCGAUGUCAACUGGAGCAAACUCAUCUGGCACACAUCUCGCCCGGCCAUCCAUCAGCUCCAGAACGAAGUCAUCGGAGCAAAAGGUGGAGAACUACCUCAAGGACAUCCCAGAGGGACUGUACCCGCGACACAUGAUUUUGACGGAAAAGGACAGAAAGAAGUUGAUUGUUCGUCGCCUGGAACAGAUUUUCACGGGUAGAAUUAGCGGACGUAAUCUCGCUCGACCUCAGCCCAAGUCCGCAGCAAAUAUCGCCUCAUACGCCCCGAUCAUGGUGGAGCCGACAACCGGCAACACCACCACUCACCACGGGCCCUCUAAUGUACCCGCCGGUUACUUCGAGCCGUCCCGCGAGGCCCCCAUACUUGCAUCAGAUGGGAAGAAGAAUAUCACCAAAGAUGUCGAAUCAUCAAAUUCCAACGGCGAUCAACGGGAUUCCAGUGGCAACUGGACAACCGCGGCAGAUGUAAGCAGCACUUCACCGCAGGAUCCUCCGCCGCCAGAGCAACGUCCCACCAGACCGCUCGACCUUGAUCCGGACCGCAUGCAAAAUCCGACCGCCAACAUGGACUAUAUCCGUCACUUGGGUCUCGCUCCUCCCCAUUUAACGGCCUUAAUGACUGAUGGCGAUGUGUCCCCGGAUGCUGAUGGGUGGGUCUAUUUGAACUUGCUCUGCAGUAUGGCUCAACUGCACAUGCUCAACGUUGCUCCCGAUUACAUCAGGAGUGCAGUGUCCGAGAAGAGCACGAAAUUUCAACUUUCACACGACGGUCGCAAAAUCAGAUGGCGCGGUGGUACCGAAGGAACCAAAUUUAGCAGCGACAGCUCAGGUAAUACCUCUCAGCUCAGUCGCUCCGACGAGUCCGACGAGGCACAACCAGACAGCCAGAGCAAGAAGCGCAAACAACGCUCGGGGAAGAAUGGUUCUUACUCCACUUCAUACGGAAAGAACUCAUCCAACCAGUCGAAACCGGAGUAUCCAAUUCCAUCGGCGGACACUUUCCACUACAAGCCAAUGUUCGUGCACCAAUCGUCAUCUGCCGAACAGACUUCAUUAGAUGAUGUUGGCUCAUCAUACGGAGCUGAAGAUAGCAACAACGGAGAGUCGCGAUGGGAUGGAUCGGGAUCCUCGCGCUGCAAGAAGCGUCGUUUGGAUGGUGCCAUCAUUUACUACAGCGGUGCUCCAUUCUGUACCGAUCUCUCUGGCGAUCCUGGUGAUGCGUCCCCUGCAUCAUACAUGACCUCAUCUGGUCAGGACCAACAAUUGUCUUCCAGCGAUGGGUUUCUCAGACCUGAUCUUCCUCGCCGCACUGAAUCAGGUUCGGCGCUUCCAUACCGGCCGCUCGUUGAAGGCCGCAAGGCCCCAAGUGUGGCAGUCACAACGGAAAAUGGCUCAGAUGAGAGUGAUGGUAGCAUCGAGGCUGAUUUCCCCUGGUCCAACAUUCCUCAAGACGCUGUGAGCAGCAAGCUAGACGCUUGCGGUCUGGGUGGUGUCAUUCCCGAUGACCACUUUAUUGUGGUCGCCACCACGAAGAGGCCAAAGGUGGAUGUGAAGCAAGAAACGACGAUCAGCUUACAGUCUGAGGAGUUUUCCAAGUUAAUGAGCAGAAUUACAUCGCCGUUGGGUUCUUGCGGGUCCCAGGGAAGAUCAGCAAAGUCCGAGUCUCGCAAGAAAUCACCGAUCAACAUCGAAUACACGUCUAGGUCCGUUCGGAAGCUUAACCCUACGCCUCUGCCGCCGCCGGGUCUUUACUUCGCUUUCGACAGCGACAGCUCCGACAACUCCGAUGAUGACGAUGACGAGUCCAAUGUGGACGAUGAUUCAAAGGUAGGGGGCGUUGUACAAGCUCACGCCCCUACUUUUGACAGACAAUAUCCUGACGAUGUACAGAUGUCGAGCGGCGACGAGGGUGAUAUCGAGCCAGAAAAUGGAGAUGAGAUAGCAGGCGUUGUGGAAGACGAGGAGAGUGGAGCCGAUUUCAAGGUCCCAAUCCCCCCUCGCGAUCUCCGUCGUACCAGCAGCAGCAGUGCUGUUGCGGCCGCGGGAACUGCCCGAGGUCGCAGCAACAGUGCUGAACUCCCAGUUGCCGCCGGCAGUUCAGCCGCCACUGCAGGUGGAGCGGAAAGUGGCUACAGCAGUGGCCGCGAGGAGAGCGGUUCAAGUUGA